UCGAUAUUACAAACACAAGGCGAUAUAAAACGCGCACGUUGUUUUCUUUGAAUUUACCAAAAUAAAAUGAAUUUGCCCGGGAAAAUUAAUGUGGAAAAGGAUAAGCUGCGUCAGAUGCACUGCGAAUUCAAUCCCUUGUCACGCUGCGAUGGAUCCGUAAUGUACAGUCAAGGUGCCACUGUGGUUAUAGCCGCUGUUUUGGGUCCGAUCGAGGUAAAAACGCAAAACCUGAGCAUAGAUGGCAGCUACCUGGAGUGCAAUUACCGACCAAAAGCUGGUCUUCCUCAGGUUAAGGAACGGAUUCGCGAGUCAGCCAUUCGAGAUGUUCUGGAGCUGGCCCUCCUUGCCGAAGCUCAUCCGCGUUCCAAGAUGUCAAUCCAGGUCCAGGAGCUGGAGGAUCGUGGCAGUAUUGAUGCAUGUGCUGUAAAUUCCGCCUGCCUAGCUAUGCUUAUUGGAGGUCUGCCCUUAAAAUAUAGUUUUGCUGCCGUCCACUGCAUCAUCGACGAGAAGGGAGAGUAUGUCCUGGAUCCCGACCAAAGUGAGACACUCCACCAACGUGCCAGCUUUACCUUCGCCUUUGAUUCCGUUGAAGGAAACCUCCUUUUGGUUCAGACAAAGGGAUCUUUUAAAAUAGCCCAAUUCAACGACAUCGAAUGCAUUUGCCGGGCGGCCAGUGCGGAGAUCUUUCAGUUCUAUCGCAACCAAAUAGCCAAGUAUCAUGGCAGAAGCGAUCCGAUAGCAGAGAAGGAUUCUUCAGCCAUGGAAACGUGAUGGAAAAACACAACUAAAACUAGGUACGAUUAAAGUUCAUUUUAUUGUAUAAAC